AUGCAAUUAGGAUAUAAUGAAAUAAUGAUUGUAUCAAAGUAUUUUGAAGAUAUUAAUGAUUUUAUUAAUUUAGAAAUGGGAGUUAAAAGAUUUGAAGGAAAUAUGGAACGAUUUCAUUUUAAUCCAAUUCCAUUGAAUCAAUAUUCAAUAGAAUUCUUUCCUAAUAUUGAAACAUUUCAUAUUUAUAAUGAAGAAGAUGAGGUAUUUGAAGGUGGAAGAAUAUUUAAAUAUGUAAUAUGGUAUAAAGUGAGUUAUUCAAGAUAUUUAGAAGAGAAAGAAAAAGGAAAUGUUUGUAAAAAUAUCGAAUAUACAGAAGAAGAUAGAAAUACAUAUGGAAAUACAAUACCAAUAGAAGUUAAUUCACUUGGAGAUCUUUGUUUUUAUGGAUGUAAAUCAUUACAAUCAAUUAAUAUUCCAACAAGUGUAAGUAAAAUAGGAAAUAGAUGUUUUAAAUAUUGUUCAACAUUAACAUCAAUUAACAUUCCAACAAGUAUUAGUAAAAUAGAAGAUUAUUGUUUUGAAUAUUGUAAAUCAUUAACAUCAAUUAAAAUACCAACAAGUGUUGGUAAAAUAGGAAAUAAAUGUUUUAGUUUUUGUACAUCAUUAACCUCAAUUAAUAUACAAUCAUCAAUUACAUCAUUUGGAAAGGGAUGCUUUUAUCGUUGUGGAUGUGAAGAAGAAUUAAAGAAGAAUAAACAAAUACCAAAAUAUUGCUUUGAAAAAUAA